CGCUCAAGCAGCUUCAGAAUCCAGAUCGAGAACGUAAGACCUUGGAGGGUCUCACCCCAAACACCAAACUACAAAUGGGUCACGUCGCCUAGCGUUUACCCGACCAAACUUUGCAUCUUGUGCUUUACCAACAACAGCACUCGCCACCUUUAAAACGUCUUCCAUCUUCCACACGGUUUACAUUUGUACGGGAAAAUGGCAGCAAUUCCAUCUGGUGGUUCACUUGUCGCCACCCAUGACUACUACCGAAGGCGCAUUGGAUCUACAUCAAGCAACAGUUCCUGUGGCAGUUCGGAGUACACGGGGGAGAUCAUUCCACACCCACCAGGUCUAGCACGUCAGGACUCUGGCCACUGGUGGUCCAGCUUCUUCUUUGGGAAACAGAACCAACCGAAUGGAUUUGAAUCCCAGCAGAAGGCUGGUACUUACACAGUAACAAAUGGCCAGGUGACCUGCGUUGCCCAAGAGAUUGUGAUGAAUAGAAAAAUGAGCGAAAGCAGUGACUCUGGGAAAGAGCCUGGAUCUCCCCUUCCUUCGUAAAACCACCCCAACCCAACGCCACACCCUUCACCUCAUCCAAGAGUCACCAUGGGAAGACUUUGGCGACGGGGCUCUUUUUUUUAUUUUGUAAAAACUGGCUGCUUUUGUAUCAUGUUAAAUUGCUGUUUGUUAUUUAUGACCAAAUCAAAGCUGUUAACCUAAAAGUCUAAGUCACAGUGUUUUAGUGUAAACCCAUUGUAUUAUGGGGUGUAAUUGUUUAUUUGCGAUAUAUAAAUAAAUGACUGACUGCAGCCCACAA